GUUAUCUUGUAUACAACUUUCACAAUGCAAAAUGUUAAAUGCUUUGAUAAGCGAUUUCUAAGUAACAGUUAUUUGGAUUGAGAAAGGUCACAUGUUCCUAAUAACUCCAUAGUAAAUUAUAUGAUCCAUGCAUUUAAUAAUCUUGUGUGCAUUAGUAAAAUAAAUAUGAUGUUGGAUGGCGCAAGACAAGUUUGACAUUUAACGAUUGACAGAAUGGCAGAUUUGACAACACAGCUGUCAAAAGUUAUUAAGUACCCAACGUUGCCAAGUGUAAUGUUAUAAAAAUGCCAAUCGCCAAGAAUUCCUAGUUAGGUACAUCAUACGUAGAACGUUUGGCGGUAUCCUCUGUAUUCUACAGUCUAGCUAAAGCAUACAGAAAGUAAAAUAAGAAGAGGAGUUUUGCAGCCAUUGGAACUAUGAAUAUGAAUAAUCGAUAUUCCAGUUUCUCUAUGGUUCAUGGCAAGAAGACUGGAAGGUGGAGAUAUAUCUCCAAUGUUUGCCCAAUGUAUCACGCGGGAGCCGUCUACGGAAACCAGCCUGUUUCCCCCCAUAUCUCUCCUCCAUGUAAUCUUCUUGGUUCAUAGUAUUAAAUUUAGGUUAUGUUGCUGUUAUGUUAUUUAGAUUUUGCUUAUGAUUAUUAUAUACAUUUUAAUUUCAAAAUAAAACUAUCCCCUAAGGAUUCUAAUUGUCCAACUAAAGUUAGUUAUUUUUAUUAAUGGUAAUUAAAAAAUGCCUGUAAAUUGUUUUGAAUGUGAUAAACCAUUUUCCAAUCGGUCUGCUUUAAAUCGUCAUAUGAGGAAUGUACAUAAGCUUGAGCCUAAAUCCAUAGAGUAUGAGGAAUCCGUUGGUCGUUACAAGUGUCGUGAAGGCUGUAGAGUUUCCUUUAGAUUUAGCAGUGAAUUGCGUCUCCAUCUAACUAGCCAUCACAGUUUCAGUGGUUUCAAGGGUGAAAAUAUGAGCUUUAAUUCUCAUGAAGAUUUUGAAGCUUGGCUUUAUAUGGAAAAGGAAAGUAAAAAUGUAGACUUUGUAAAAUCCAGAGGAUCAGUCCGUUAUCAUGAUUGUGAUGGAAAUAUUAUCGAAAAGACCUACUUUGAUUGUAACAGGAGUGGAAUUAUAAAAAUAAAGACAGAAUCUGACAGAAAACGUAAUUUAAAAAGACAAGGUUCCGCAAAGAUUAAUCAAGGCUGCUUAAGCCAAAUUAUUGUUAAACAAAAUAUGACGACAAUGGAGUGCAAUGUUAAAUAUUAUUCUGAUCACUAUUACCAUGAUAAUCAAAUUGAACAUGUGCGUUUGUCAGACAGAUGCCGAAAAGAAAUUGCAUCUAAAUUAAUGUCAGGUGUACCAGCUUCCAGCAUAUUGGACGAAGUGAAACAAGAUUUCCCUUCUAAACUAUCCAGAGACUACAUGGUCAGUAGGCAAGAUAUUUACAAUAUCAAUACUUCAUUCCACAUUUCUAAGCAGGAUGCAAUUGAACAUAAAAAAGGGAAAUUAACAAGACACAUAAAUUUGAUUCAUGUGAGGCAUAGGGCCGCGCUAACCAUGACAAACUAUACUAUCCAAUAUCAAAAUGAAGAUGUAAUAAAUCUUAGCGAUUUGGAACAUAACGAAUACUACACUAUAAUAAGGAAAAAAUCAAGUAGCUGUUGCCAAUUGUGUUGUAAAUACUGUCAUAUUUGCAUUCAUAUGUAUGAGUGUUCAUGCGACGAUUUUAGUAUUAGAGCAGUCAUUUGCAAGCAUAUUCAUUUUUUUUGUUUGAAUUGUACUGAAAUUGAGAUCUCUGAACAACAAAGUGAUGAUGAAAAAAUAGUUACAACAGAUUUAGACCCGUCUUCUUCAAUAGAUAGAGAUGAAGAGCCUGAUUUACGUAUGGCAAUCAAAACAUCUGCACUACAAAUUAUUAGCAAUGUUAAAAAAUAUAAUUUUUCUUAUGACCAACAAUGUUUUAUUUUAAGAAAUUUAAGAAUUUUAUCAACAAUGAAACCAGUUAACAGUAUUGCAACCAGAAUAUGUGAUUCUCCAAGUUCAGAAAAAAGCAACGACUUUGGCCUUAUGGAAGAAUCUUCUGAUGAGGAGACAGAAACUAAAACCAUAAAAGCUUUAUCAAACCAGGCAUGGCAAACUUCACCUGAAAUGCAACAUGAUCAUGACUAUAUUGAUUAAAAUAAGUUAGUUAUUAGGUUUUAUAGAAACUUUUAGAUACAUCAGUGUCAUAAACUCAUAAUGCUUAAUUAAUUAAUGAUGUUAUUUCACCUAAGCAUCAUUUGCUUUUUUAUAAACAAUAAAUCUACUGUUACAAAA